AUGACCAGAUGCGAGCACACCUUCUGGCUAGAGCUUAGCCAUGAACUGGCAGCGGCUCAGAUCGUGUAUGGAUCAAGGCUCGCUCGAUUGGUGAGCGAGCUGCCUCAGCCGUCGGUCCAGUUGCCGCAGGUGGUUUUCUUUAUGGGCCACCACCAAAAGAAUAAAGCACUGCGGCAACUGUGCAGCAGCAACUACCGAGGCCAGGGUCGCAGUCAGCCGAGCGUCAAUAUCCGCUCUGAUAAUCGCACGCUGCAGUCCUUGCAGCCGCGGUUCUUCGCAGAUUGCAACCCUUGUCGGUCACUGCUCUCCACACAUGAAAGCUUGCGCAACUGUCACGAGGAGAAGACAUACUCCGUGGAACUCAAAUCCACGGAGCAUUCCUUGCAGGACAUCAUUAUUUCACGCCUGAUCUUCCUGUUCACCGAUGUGGUCUGCAUUUUUGCGGAUGAUGUUGGAGGGUUUGAGGGCACGCGCAGGCUCCUGACAACGUGGGCGGCGAUCGGCUCAGCGUCCAGCCUACCACCUGCGGUAAGACCGCGGGUGAUUGUGGUGGUCAGCCAGUCCCCAAGUGUCACGGGAAGCGUGAUUGAUGAAGAUGAUUUCCUAUUCGAAUUGCUCCAUGCUGGCGAUGUUCCUUACUUCUCUGCAUUCCGGGAUAUCCAAGUAUCUAGCCUUCCGGCAGAGGAGCUCUCCUCCGAUGCCCGCUACAUGGCACUAGGAAGUGAGGUUUCCCUGCAGCUCAGAAACUCGCGAGUUGACCGAGAACGGUACCGUUGCCUUUUCUCAGCAACCCAUCUCAACGCAUUUUUUGAACUUGCAGUGCAAAAUAUAUCCGCCUCGCCAUUUGCGCUUUUCGACUUUGUUCGUUCUGCGCGAGAGAGAAAUCCCCUUGACGGAGCGUUUGCCUCGCACAUUACCAGCUUCCUAAAGGUCGGAAGUCGAACAAGGACUCCAUACGAUCAAAUGGCUUCCCAUAUUGCCUCUGCAAUCCUGAUGGACGCUUAUCCACCCGGAAUGCACCAUUUUCAGCCUUCGAUGGUCUACCGUACAUUAUAUCAUGACCCAUGUUACACUGGUCUGCGGAAGUUCUACAGCACUGACGCCCUAGCAUCAGUCCAGAGCGAACGUAUCCAGCAGCACCUAUCCCAGUUCUUCGAACACAUGGCCUCCAGCCUUGGACCGUCAUCCGAGAUCCAUAAGAAUAACCUGAAUCAGCAAAGGAAGUUCUGGGCUUGGUCCAAGUCGAACAAAACCUGUCUCUGGUGCCUCCGACGCCACCCUGAACACCCUCAGGCAUGUGGACAUGGAAUAUGUGACACCUGCGUGGAGAUCUUUGGCGAGCCAUCCCUUCACGCUGAGUACGAAUACACUGUUCUUCAGUGCAUCCUGUGUGGAAACGCGAAAGGUCUGACCGUGAGGCUCAAACCGCCAACCGCAGCGCCACGACUGCUGAGUAUCGAUGGAGGAGGCCUCCGUGGCAUUGUACCACCUACACAUCUGGAGAUGUUGCAGGAAAACAUGGGCCCCGAGCUGCCACUGGCGGAUCUGAUUGACCUCAAGGUCGGCACCAGUUCCGGCGGGCUGUACGUCAUAGCCAUGGAUAUCCUCCGCAUGGGGCCAUCAGAAUUCAAGAGCAUAUUCCAGGACCUCGCAAAGAAAGUUCUCGGUCCCGACCGACGCAAGGGGAGAAUCAGGUCCCUGCUCUCGGAUGAGACUUACGACACGAAGACGCUGGAAAAUCAGUAUAAGGACAUCUUUGGAUCUACAAGGCGCCUGUUUGAUGCACCAGCAAGUCUUCUAUCUGCCGGAAAGAUGGCAGUCACGACCACUUCCAUCAGAGAUGGAGCGUUGUUCCUUUUCACAAAUUAUAAUGGGGCAGCACCCCAUCGUGCCGACUCUGUUUAUGGGCGACUCCGGCCAGAUGAAGACUAUGGGCCCUACAUCUGGCAGAUUGCACUGGCUACUUCCGCGGCUCCUCCCCUUUUCUCGACCGUGAAGAUUCCUGGGUUGGGUGCUUUCCAGGAUGGAGGCAUGGGGCGAGAUAAUAACCCAGUUAACAUUGCGUUAUUUGAGGCGAAACAUUUGUGGCCUAGCGUAACUAAUCCCGAUGUUGUGAUUACCCUCGGGACGGGAACCGAAACGUCGUCCCCGAAGAUAUCCUCCUUUCGAAACGUCCUCCUGGAUGGAUGGAUACCGAGGGUAUACCGUUCAUACAUGAGGAGCUUUGAUGGUGGUACUACAUGGAAAGAGCUAAAAAUGCGGCUAGACAACAAAUCGCAGGAAACCUACUACCGAUUCGAUCAAUACUUAUCCGGCGGCCUUCCUGCAAUGGAUGAUACAGACUGUAUCAAUGACCUCUCGCAGCAAGUUCGGACACAGCCAGGGGAGGACCACAGCGGUGCGGCGGUAGCGCUCCUCACAGCGUGCCUUUUCUUCCAGCUUGACAGGAUGCCGGUGUAUAAGAACGGCCUGUAUCAUUGUGUUGGCACGAUUCGUUGUCGUGCUCCUCCGCGACCUCUAAUUGAACGACUGGCUACGGCCCCCGGAAGACAGACAUUUUACAAGGACAGGCUGAACCUUGGACUCAGUCUAUCAGCCGAUGAUAUCUGCCCCUCAUGUCACCGAUAUUCCUUGCCUGUGCGAUUCUUCGUACGCCAUUUGGAAGAAAGUAUAAUGUUAUCUUUACGCGUUGGAGAGACACCCCGUCGGUUAAGUGCUUUUCCGAAUUGCAUGCGAUGGUUCAUUGAGGAACAGAAGUUAGGUUGCCCCUUUGGAUCCCCGAAUCAUGGCGUUCCAUUCCAGGUGGAAUGUCCUGACUGUGACGGUAGAAGAACCGCUCGAGGAAGAAAACGGAAGUACAUGGACAUUUGAUCCCCGGCACUGCUCUCCUAUGCGAGAGCUUCUUUCUGCAAAGCCUUUUCCAGUUCUUUGAUACAUUUCUGUAGCGCUCUAUUAUAUUGCAACAGCAUGGAUUUGAGCAGAUCAUUUUGUCGCCGCAGAUCGUCAAUCAAGGUCUCAUCUUCGGAGCGAAGGCGUUGCAUCUCCCGUAAUUCGGCGAGGAGUUUCGGCAGACUAGAUUCACUAGCCAUGUUGUAUGC